AAAACUCAACAGCUGGUUUCGAUCACAGUAGGCCGAUCAAAAUUCGCACUUUGUCAGUGCUCAAGUGACAGCACGCAACUCUGCUCAACGCAAGAUCUGCCCACAACAUGUCGGAUAUCAGCUGGAUCAACACAAUCAUCAACACGGAAACCGAAGAGGACGUUCACAUUUUCGACUUUAGAUUGCGAAAGGAAUGGAUCGGACAUGUUAUCGAUGAACUGGAAGAAAAUCUUCAAUUAUUUUUUUGUCUCGUAAACAGUGUUCAAAAUUUACCUUACUCUCGAGCGCGAGAACAGGCGCGUAUGGAACUCCAUCAGUUGUCCACACUGGCACCGCUUGAUUUAAUCGACCAUUUGAAGCAUUUACAUACAAAAUUUGGUGACUGUCGAUAUGAGAUUUCAGACAGAUAUCAACACAUUCUGAAAGCGGUACAAAAUUUACAUGAAAUAUUGCCCAUUGAAGGCGAACUACUUCUACCCUACAAAAGGAAAAGUACGCAAGACGAAAAGCUCCAAUGGAUUACAAAUAUCCUGGUGGGUAAAACUAAAAUUCACGGUUUACGUCAUAAGAUUCAAGCCACACACAAUGCUAUCGAAGAAACAAAAUUUGAGACUUCCACCCUGAUCGACCGCAGCUCCGAUGAAAUACACGAAAUCAUCGAUGAGUCUCAACAGGUGCUGAUCGAGUUGAAACAAGCAGGAGAUCUGAAGUUUGCAGAGCUUCAGGAUGAGACGUCCAAAAAGAUCCUCGACUUGGACAACGUUAAAGAGUACCGAGAUUUAGUGCAGGAACAUGAACAGAAGCGCCGCAAAAUCACCAAAUUGACAGUUCAGCUGCAGCUGUGGAUUAAGCAGUACGACAAGUUUGUUGGAGAGCCAAUGAAGGAGCUACAAGAACUGGAGGCUGAAGUGGACAAGUUUGAAGAAUGGAAAGAAGCAGUGUACGAUCCGCAGCUGGAAAGAUACGAAGAACUACGGGCAAGUGUUGAUAUGUUCGAAGCUGAGCUGACCGAAGAACAGGUGGAAGCGUUCAGGAUUGCGCAUGCUGCACGCAUUAUACAAAGGGGAUGGCGAAGGGUGCUCGAGAAAAGAAAAAUGAAAAAGAAGAAGGGAAAGAAGGGCAAAAAGAAGGGUGGGGUUGGGAAGACGGCUAAAAAUAAAAAGAAAUGA